UAAUGCGCCAGUCCACAUCUUACUUCAUUCGCCAGCGUAUUUGGUUUGGUUCAGGAACGCCUUUGUAAAAAACUGAAGAUGGCAGAGUGGAAGAAUCGACUUAUGUCUCGCUUUGGUGGCAAGAAAACUAGUAAGUGCUUUGCCUUGUUCACUCGAUUACAAGCCUUAAUUCAACUCAUUCCAUCCAUUGAGUUGCCAUUAUGUACACUUUACUCGGGGUUUUACGGUGUUUCGUGGUUCGGCUUUAUUUUAUUCCGUUAAUUGCAGCGACGAAACUAAUAUCACACCACAUCUUUCGUUUCUACUACUAUCGCCUGGGCAGGACAAUCUUGAGUAAUGCUAGAGCAGGACCAAAUCAGAGUUGAGCGAAUUCGUUUCAUAAUGUUAUCUCCUGUGGGCUGUUUGCAUUGAUAUUGCAUGAUACUGGGUUGAAAAAUUGCUCAGACAAAUCUGAAGUCAUGCCGCCAGCAUAUAUAUUCCAUGCACCGAUUGAUCUCCUGCAGGACAGGACGAAUUCAAAACAGAAUGAAUCCAUAAACGAGACGGGUCUAAAAUAAUUUGAACAAGGAUGAUAAACUAACUUCCGAAAGGAAUAAUCAUUACGGAUUGAAUAUUCGAAACAGUACGCGAAAAAUACUACCGAUCGGCGAUCGAUCAGUCUGCAAACCAAUGUUGUAGAUUUUCGAUUUUCGUUGCGCUAGCUUUUGCGUUGUCUUGGUCAAUGGUACACAUUGUACAAAGCUUUCCUCGCGGGCAAGCUGAAAGAAGAAAAUAAUUUAAUUAUUAAAUAAGACCAUAGUUAGUAGAAGGCGAUUGCACUUAGUGGGGGAAAUUGUUUGUAGCUCCGUACAGAUACUUUUUGUAUAUUAGGUUAUAAGCGCAACACUAAGAUUACAUCAGGACAAAUAGUUAUCGUUAAGCACUGCCGUCUUUAGACUAUUUAAAUGCAAUAAACUAUCAUUAUACGACGAUUACAGUUCAUUAAUUGAAAUUUCCCACAAUAAGGUGGAAAGUACCCGCUAAGCGACUUUUCGCAGAGAAUUACUCCUGUAGGUCGUGACAAACUAUAUAUACGAUCUUCACUUCAACGUUGGCCGAGCGGGGCACAGGACAAACAUUGUACUCACUGCUUAACAUUCGAUUAGACCAAUUCGGAACCGUACAUGUGUAACCGUAAUUUAUAAAAUAAUUUAUUUAUUAUAGUUUAUAAGCGUAAACUCAAACAUGCACGAUUUCCCUUUAUAUAUUCACACAAAGCCUGAAACCGUAUGGAAUCGAACUAAUUCGAACUCAACCAACCGUGCUAAACGCAGUGACAGUAUAACGAAUUGCAGUUUGAACAAAAGGAACCAGACAAAUUUGCUUCGUACGAUUCCGACUUCGGACGAUCUGAUUCAGGAACGUGUAGUCUUAAAUUGGAAAACAAAUCCUAAUCUAGGAAAUAAAUGCUUGCUUUUUGAUAACUAUUAGAAGAUGAUGCCGAGGAAAAGAAGACAGGAAAGAAGGUUUGUUUUCAAAAGAAGGCCACAGUGUAUAGUGAUAGUAUUAUUGUGGACGCCAUACCUCAGCAAACUCAGUCGUCUGAUGAGAAUGACAACUAUAUCAAGGAAAAUGGGUUGGUGGAAACAAAAGAGAAGCAUCUGACACGGCAGCAAGUUGAAUAUAUGCUAAAGAACCGUUUCAAAGAUGAUUUGGGGGAAUGGAAAAGUCGCAAAGAUCAAAGAGUGAGUAAAAAAUACGCCCACUUAUAUAGUCAUGAAUGAAGAUUCAUAAAAGGGAUAUAAAAUGUCCGCCAAUUAUACAUUUUUGCAGUUUUAAGAUGGCCCAUUAUUAGAGUGCAUUUUAAUCCAGUAGGGUGUUGGUUGUACAAUGGUUAAUGCACACAGGUCAUUCAGAUACGACCUAGAUUUUUAUGCAAUAUGGAGUUUUCUGUCAUAUUUACAAAUUCGCCUCACUUGCAUCGUGAAGAUUUUAGACAAACGUGAAAAGCGACUUUUAAAAGUUGUAGCUGUAAAUUUGCCAUUAUACAAACAACAAUAACACUAAAAAGUUAUUGUCUAGAUUAUUUGACGAGGAAAGACAGCACCCCAGAAUGGUGGUUAUUGGUCCACGUUAAAAGCCUUAUUUCACGUGAAUUCAAAACCGAAGAUUGUGAUUUCAAACAAGCUAGGACGCGGCUGUCGUUUUCUAUAACAGCUCGCCUGACUUCCGGUUCACGUUCGUGAAACAACGUUGCUUACAAUCUUCUGAAUCAUACAUCUAACUACUUAUUUCUGCAUAUAGAUAUUAUUGCCCCGCUGGUGAAAAUAUCCUGGGUACGGCCCUGCUUGAUUAAGUUCUCUAAUAUUACCUAAAUCUAAUUUUUAUUAGCCUGUAGAUGUUUGCUCCGAACCUUCAAGAUCACCGAAACUUUCUACACGAAAACGUUAUGGUUAUGCUCCUAAAAGCCCUGAUAUCACCCACCCUACUUUGCCAAGAAAAAUCGAUCAUAAAUCAGGUAUGAUUAGCAAAAGUACACCUUAGUUAAUUAUAUCAAUCUUACAUCAUCUGAAUUCCACAUCUUCAAAUUAUCAUAUUGCAAUUUCAAAGAAUCCCAUCAUGAGGGGCUCACAUCCUCUUAUUCUUAUAUCAAUGCUUAUAGUAUAUCUCAGCUUCUCACAUUCCGGCUUCAUUCUCAAAACAUCACAUAUCACUCGUUUCCCAGGAAUACAGAAAAUGCUUUUCAGGAGGUAUACAUUUAAUUUAGUUAUAAUUUCUAAAGAGAGCGUGUCCCCGAAUAAUACACUCCAUUGGAUUUGAUUGUUAGUAAGUCGUGUUCGACCAUAGGUUCGACAGUGUGAAAUAACCUGCACCUUUCUUGUGGAUGUGUUCGGCAUUCUACUCACUGCGUAGAAUUCGCGGUCGUAUCACGGAGUGUAAACAUAGGACGAACCGCAAAUUAUUAGGGGGCGAUUGCAUCAUGUGUUUUUCAGGUUGCAAAACGUAGCACUGUCGUACUGCUCCAGUAGCGGCGGGAGCGCGUCGAUGAACAUUUAAACAACUGCCAUAUGAGCCUACAAUGUUCAUUUUAGGAAGCGUACCGGUCGGAAAAUGUUGGGCUUUAUAGGUCCUCUUGAAAGCUUUAAUUAAUUAUUUAUAAACAACGUUAGUAGCUGCGCCGAACGUAAGAUGCGGUUUUAGGUUAACGUUUAUUCAAAUGAGCACAAUACAUAGUAAGGAUAAUGGGCAUAGAGACUGCCGUUGACAAUUUUCCCUUUCUGAAUAAAAGGCAAUGCUCGAAGCUCGUCUCGCCAUUCCAUAUCGAGUGAGUCACUCAUGAUACAUCAUGGGCGCAGCAAACGUGUUAGCCAAUCAGCAAAACGCCAACUAUCAAUUAACCCACACUCCCUUGCGAAACGAUGUGGACCGCUCUACCCUGGUAAUUACGCAAUGUACAUUGGUCACCUUGAUAUGUUCACGGUGUUACGACUAAGUGGGAAGCAAGCUUUACAAACUAACGGGAUUUCAAUGGAUUCUUUCCAGGUACUGUCUGGUUACAAUGUGGAGAGGAGAUCAAACAAGUCCGGUUGCCAAACGAAGCAGUCAAAUUAGACCACAUUAGACAAAUUUUCAAAGAUAAUUUCCAAUCCGAACUGAAGAACUAUUCGCAUGGUGCUGAGCGUGGUAUUUUACUUAUCAGAGAUCCUUUCACUCGAGCUUUCAAAGAGUUAAAUGAUGUCAGGUACAAAGUAUAUUGCUCUCUUAUUGUAAGGUGCUUGCCCACUGUUUUCUUGGAAAUACGACUAGGUUAGCAGUGGUGCCAUCAGUAUAUGGUCGGACCAAUUUUUGUAAAUCAAACUUUUACAAGCCAAAAUUAAAUCACGAAAACGUUUUCUUAUGAUGGGAAACAAACAUAAUUUCCUAAAAAUAAGAAUAUAUCACGUCAAAGCCAUUUUUGUAUAAAAUUACCAUAAUUAUCUAGCAAAGCAACUUCGGUCGCUAAUGCCAGUCAAUAUACCCAAAUUAGCUAAAUGAAUAAAUAUCUAUAAUUAUACUGUACUGUAGGCUUUAUACUACAUUAUUGCAUACUCUAGUAACUUUACACUAUAUCCAUCGUAGAUGUAGUUGCAUACUGUAUAAUAUAUAGUCUUGACUUGCAACUACUUGCACGGCGACCGGUCAUGUUGGUGGUAGUUCAACAAAAGAAUCUCAUUAUCUUUUAUUGAAUUUGACACCAACAUGACCUCCAAUUCACCGUUUUUCAAUUCUCAAAGGGAUUGGUUGCAAGUCAACAAUCGAGGGCUUAAAUACUGCGCUUUUAAAUUCACUAAUUAAGAAUGAUUAUUAACUGUUUCCAUUUAAAAGGCAUGUCCUCCCAGGAAGUCAUCUAAAACUGCUAGCUCCAAAGAAGAAGCCUUGCCGCAGUCCAGAACACGAGCAGCUUAGCAGGAGCUUCACUUUUGACGAACGAAGACGUUCACGCAGUUUCAAUUCGGAAACAUUUGAUGCCCUCUCGACAACAAGUGUACCAACAGGAAUAUCACGCGCAAGAGCUGGUAGUUAUUCUUUUCAUGGUACUACGAAGACAGGGUAUAUUGUGACUCCCAAACGUCAUAUUGUCACCAGUACACCCAAGUUUAGUCACAACACCAUGCAUCCUGGUAAAGCUUUCCCAAACGAUUUGUCGAGAACAUCGCACAUAAAUAAGCCAGACAGGUGAGUGAUAUACUGCCGUGUUUCUACAUGCUGCACUUCAUCACGUUUAAUCAGUAGAGGAACAGGAAACUAUAGCUUUAACAAUUGCCUUUUUAUGUCUACUUGUUAUUGAUAUAAUCAUUAUUAAUGCCGGAAUUUGUAUUUAAUUACGUCUGCUGGUUUGAGUAUUUGGUAAUGAUCAACCACAAUAGGUUUGAGUCCACGAGCCGGAUGAUGUUGAUUAAUGCCUGAUAUCCAAUUAGAAUUGAAUUCUAUCCUGAGUUAAAGCUGAAAAGUGUGUGGGUGGGGGUGGGGGGAAUAUCCUUCUAGAAAUGGAAACGAUAUAAUAACAGCUUUACAUCGAUAUAGGUAAAUUAGUAAUUUUUGAUUUGCGAAAACAGCACAAUUUAAUGAAUUUAUAUGUUUCUUGAUGCUUUCUUCGUUGCUAAACCAGUCGACUUUUCACCUCAAGACUAUUUGACUCUUAGUUAUAUCCUUAUGUUGCGCAACAAAAAUGUGCUGAUUAAUGCGAAUUUAAUUGGCUUCAUAAAACAGUUAAUAGUGACUCGUUCUUUAGAAAGGUGAUUUCAAUAGUGUUAUGAUCAACCAAUCACAAAGCCAGUUCAUAUAGGAUGGUAGCGACCCGUUGCCUGCGCUGUAAUUUUUCUGUUAUUUUUCAUUAUCAUUAAUUUCUUUCAUGCCUUCAUGGUAUGAACGAAAAGUUUAAAAAAUGACAGCGUAUAGUGAAAUGCAGGACAAGUUUUCAAAUAGCAUGACUCUGUGCCAGAAGUUGCCUCGGAAUACUGCAUGUAAUGAGUACUAGUGAUUUGUCCUAGUUUUUGCAGCUAUAUCUCUCACUUACGCCCAUAACAAACAUCAACUCUUUGACAAAAUAAUUUAAAAGUUAUGAUUGUCGAAUAUAAUAUGCCAAGUUUUAAUUUUUUUAGUAGUAGAGAAAGAAGCACAGUUCCAUCAUCACCAGGCUAUGGCAAACCUCAAACAUUCAACCAAAUGUCACCUCGGUACAUGGAGGCAGCUUCACCUUCUCAAAAAGUAAAGCUGACAGGAAUAGGCUCAAGGCUAAACAGCAGUGAAGUUAGAAGGUAACAUAUGAAGAGGAAAUAAAAGUAAUCGAAAAAUAAAGAUCAUCUAAGUACAAAAGAUUCAUGCAGCGCAUUUAUAUUAAAAGUAUCAAUUUACAGUACCUUAUACCCAUGCAUUAAACACCCUAGAUUGAUGUAACCUUAUACCCAUGGGUUGUUGUUUUUGUGAUAGUAUCUUAAUUGCAUGGUUACUUGUGGUUGCGUGACUGCCCAGAUUUUGGACAGGCUUUUUAUUGAGAGCGGUGAUAAAGGAGUAUUAAUUUGAAGGGAGUUAAUCCAAAUGUGUUGAUUAUAGUACAGAACUUACGAAAGCUGCCAAAACAACUGUAUUCUUAUCGCUCGAUCAAGGUACACUACACGAAUAACUACUGAAGGGGUACUCUUUCGCGAAGGAAAAGUACUAUAGAUAGUACGCGGUUGAGUUUGACUUAGGGUAUUAUCUACUAUAGCUAUAUAUGUUAUCUUUCAUUUUCACUUUCACUUUGACUUUCACUUUCACUUUCACUUUCACUUUCAAGGCCACCACGAAGUCCUGUGGAAGAACAACUUGCCAGUCUUACAGAUCUUCUCGAGGAAGCAAUGAGAACAGAUAGUGUUAGUGACGUCACAAGUUAUGACAAUUCAAUAGAUUCACUAUAUGUUCCACCCAGGCCAGCAUACUUGUAUUAUGAAAAAAAUAAAAUGAGAACUGCUAGUGAUUCUGGAACUGAAUCUUUAAUUUCAGAAAAUUGUGGCCAUAGUUCUAUAGGUAUGUACUCCAUUAAAAAUCAUCUUUCAUUCCGAAAACGGCAGGAAGGUAAAAAUCUUACUGAAUACAAACGAGAAGUUGAGAGGUUUUGUCACACCCUCCCGGACAUGAGAGGAACAGAGAGAUUCAGAUAUCUACAGUACAAGACUAUAUACUUCAUUAACAUCUACUUACAUUCAAUUAAAAGCAUCAAGAUAAGUAUUACUGUCGAUGCAAUGGAAGUGUUGAUAAAAUAUUGCAUCAAUUCAUUUCCUCAAGUUGAUCAAUUCAUACGAAUUCAAAUUUCUUUUUACUUCCUGUGCGUUUCCUAUUGGUCAAUCGGUUCUGAAACGAAAUCUAAUUGGCUCAUCUAAAAGUAACAGGAAGUUGAUCAAUUUUCUAUCAAAUGGAUUGAUCAACUUGAGGAAAGGAAUUGGUGCAAUAUUUUAUCAACACUUCCAUUGCAUCGACAGUAAACGAAAAUAUCUCCUUCAGGAAAGGGGUUUGUUUUUCCUGGAGAUAAUACCGUAGAGCGAAAUUUGUUAGUUAUUAUACUAUCAAACAAUAUUAUCAAACGGAGAAGGGAUGUUUUGUGCGAUUUUUCUAGGAACCUAUAACAUACAGUGUAGAUGUCUUAUAAUUAAAUCGAAUUAUAGAACUAAUAAAGAAAAAGCCGCCUCCUCCGCGCCGCAAUUCCAGCAAGGAAACAGUGAAGACACUCUCAUUUCAAAAACAACAUGAAGAAAACAAACAAGAAAGCUCUAAUGUUGAGUCUCCUAGAAGAUCGAUUGUCAGACCGAAGGUUUGGGUGGAUACAUCUCAUCGUGCCCGAGAUAAUUCGAUUAAGGUAACUGCUGCAUAUCUGAAGAAGGAUGUCAAACAAAUGAAGAUACAGUUGGAGGAAUUGCGCAAUCAGCACGAGUGCAAUUCUCAUAUUUUUUAUUCCAUGAUCUCCCAGACUGGAAAACGGAUCACUCGGGCUAUUGAGGCAGUAAUGCCAGGUAUGUUGGGAUAUAUGUUUUGUUAACUACAGAAAAAAUUAACGUGAUUUAUAAUUUAUUGAUCCGCUGCAUAAUGGUUGAAUAAUUAUUUGAUUAUUUGAUAAAGAAUGGUUGGCAAAACCAUGCACAGGUAAAACCGACAAUAAAUUUAAGUUAGCUUACCAAGUGAAGCUAACUUAAAUUUAUUGUUGGUUUUAUUUGAUAAGCGUCAUUGACGCUAGUUAAAAUCACAGGGGCGUAGGAAGCAUCAAAAGAUUGGAUAUUGAAAAGGGCACCUAAAAAUUUUUCCCCGGAAAUGUUGGCGACGGGGGGGGGGGACUUUCCGUCAUACCAUACCGAAAUUGCACGUUUUGACCAAAUGUUUUUCAAACAUCGAAAUUUCCAAACAAAAAGGGCACCUCUGAUGUUAAUUUAGUAUUUACAGCGACAUUAACUUGUACCAAAAGGGCACUUUUCAUCACAAAAAAGGGCACUUUUGGUCCUUUGAAAAAAGUUGGGGGGGGGGGGCAUGUGCCCCAGUUCUUACCCUUCUGAAAAUCUCUGCAAUUUGAGUGGUGCAUGCAUGCAUGAGAGGCGUACAAUUAUUUUAUUAAUUGUACAUCAGUACAGUACUGUUCAGCCGAAUCAGCGGUACAAUUACUAAAUCAGCCGGAGUAGGGCUUGGAAACAAAGUUGAGUGCAUGCGUUUUACUGAAAAGGCAUGUGUGAGUAACGGCGAACACUACAGUGCGUUUUAAAACUAGGCAUGUGUGAAUAAAUUCGUAAUUUUGUCAUGCGAAUAAUAAACAAGUAUUUCAUGUGUUGUUGCUCGUACUGUCGUGAUGUUUGAAAAUUAUGCCAAAUUGUGAUCACUCGUCAAAAUUAUAGUGUCACAUCACAUUGCAUAUACUCAUUGUAAUUCAUAAUUAAUUUAUUUUAUUAUUAAAGAUGCACAGACAAACACAAACAUACAUAGACAAAAAAUGCGAGAUGAAGAAAGUGCUUAUCAGCGCCGCAGUGAUAAUGCCGAGAAAACUAUGAGGUUAGUUAGCACGUCUCAACAUAGUCUAUCAAGAUAUCAUCGUCUGGAAUCCCGGCAAACUUCAAAGCCAGAAAAAAGAAGGCCUUUGUUUGAUGAGUUGAACUGUACCUCACUAUGCAGUAUGCACAAAUCCUUUGUUUCAACUUUUAUUAAAUAUUAUUCAUCGAAGUUACACGUUCAUCUUAACUAUCCCAUUCCUAUUGGAUGGUUACUUCAUUAUACGAAAAUACAAUGAGCUCAUGCAAUCACCAUGCAUGACCGUGCACAAAUUAACAUAAACGCCGACAAAAACAUCAAAAAAUGACUUGUGUUUAGUUUCCAGAGAAUUGGAAAUGAGUAUGAUUUUCAAUAGUCUACAUAGGAAACCUCAAUCUAUAGCUUCCCUUUCCACAAGAAAACAUUUGACAACGCUGAUUGAUAAAUCUAUAGCUGAAAAUAUUAUUUAUUGCAGUAUUUUAUUUGCAUGAAAACAAAGGGGCAAGUUUGUGCGUAAGUAUAAUUGUAUAAGGGACUUAAUUUAUUAAUGAGAGUAAGCAUAUAACCGGCUCUAUGUACCUCUAUGUACGAAUAGUGCACUACUGCCUAGAACAAACGAAAAUGCAGAAUAACUAGAAUAGGCUAGGCCGUUACUUCAACCAGGCAAACUACACUAAAUAUUUCUAUAGACUUUGGUCUGCAACCAGAAAUUGAGGAAUUGCAAACGACCUAUCGUAUUCUUCGAUUUAGCGAUUUACAGCAUCGCGUAAUAUAAUUUACUGUUUACUGUAGAAGCCAUAUUUCAACGGGCUAUGAAUCGAUGACAUUCAAAUUUAUGAGGGAGUAGAAUAAUCAUUAGUAAAGAUAUGAAAAAUAUCUCACUGUAUAUUUUUCAGUAUCUCACUCUCCACUAUAUAAUAAAUAUCUAUAAUUCAGUGUUCGUAGUUGAAGCCAUAUUUAAUUACGAAGGAAACGUGUCCGUGAUUUCUGGCCAUGAACCAGGGACGUCAGAGCGCUCUAGAAGUGGGGAGGGGUCCGGGAGCAUACCCCCCGGAAAAAUUUUAAAACUAGAGUCUCUGAAAUGGCAUUUGCUGGCUUCCUGCACUUUGGAAGGAGAUUUACAGAGUUCUAAAGGUAACAAAAUGUUAUAAAAUAUCUCAAAUUAUUUUGUGGCUACAUGCAUGCGUAACUGAAAUAAUAUCAAUUAACAUUGUGGUUUAUUAUUGAUCAUUGUUAAAAAGUGGGGGGCCCAAAGACAUUUAGCCCCUCCCCCCCUCCCAACUAAGAAAGUGGGUUGGACUGCCGGGCCAUGAUCUGGAGAUGAUAAACUCGUCCCCAAAAAGUAAGGUAUUCUGAAGUUCAUAUUCCAAUUUAUAGACGUCUGGAGAAUGAAAUUGAGAUGUUACGAGAUGCUGCAGUCAAUUACAAAUCAAGGGCAAAGCAAAGUGAACUCAACGAUAUCCAUAGAUCCAUUGAAAACCUUAACCGAUCAGUUACUUCUUUGAAAUGUAAGACAAUUAACACAGAAUCGAAUGUCCAAUAUCUAUCUUCAUUCUUCAGAUAUUUCUGUUUAUGCUACUGAACUGAAUAAUGCAGGAUAACCUUUUUAAAAAUGGAAAAAUCAGUUCCUUUCUGGAGACCUCCUAAAUAACAGUUUUGAACCUUCUUUUAAUUAAUUAAACUGGUCAGAUUGGAGGUUGCGUGGGAUCCGGGGCAAAACAUUCCCAGGAGGCCCUAUAAAGUCAUGACUGUAAAACAGGAAAAGCGGUGUUUCACAAUAUAUAUUAAUUAUUUCUAUAUGUAGACUUUAUUGCAUAUUAUGCGCCACUAGCGCAGCUAGGAUAUAUAUUUUCAGUAAAAGGAGUCUUGUAUCAUGAAAUUUUAAGCGCUGUCGUUGCGUUGGCCGGGCUCCUUUUGAGCUGGAGACCCGGGACGAAGUGCCCCUCUGCCUCUAUCCCCCCUCUUGGCGGGCCUGGCUGUUAAUGUCUUUUAAAGUUUCGUGCAUGAUAAAAUCUUUCUUUACAUAUAUGAGCUUAAAAAACCGAAAGAGCAUCCCCUUGCCGAAACAAACUUAAAAUGUGACGAACCAUUUCUAUGAUUCGUCAUCUUCAUAUUAACCAAAAACUCGCCCAGUAAAUAUAUUAUACUAUUAUUGAUAAAAUGAUGAUCAAUCUUGAAUAUUUUAAUUCAUAUAUUAGCUGAUUUCGAAACACUCAGUAAUGAUGCCAGAGGGAUAAUGGCUGAGGAAAAACACUCCUUAUUUGAAGAAGAAAGGUAAAUAUCAAAGGCCAAUCUGGACAGUACCUUGCAAAGUCCGAUGAUAACAUUUAGGUACAAUUCAAUGUUGCGUCGUAUACGACUACAAUAAAACAAAAUUUGUGCACAUGACAUCAUAUGAUUUCACAUGUAAAAUAAUAUAAAAUAUUUCCAUAAGGUAAUAAUUUAAUAAGUUUUCAACAUCGGAAGAAUGAAAUCGUCUAGCGUUACACAGAGGAAAAUGACGAAGUAUAGCGUACAUUAUAGGACCCAUUGCGGGUAAUCAUGCACAGUAGAGUAAAUCGUUGUUCAACACGAAAUCCUAUAUUUCUUCUCAUUUAAAAAAAAUAAAAUAGCAAACAUAAAUUUUCUCCAUUGUUUCUUAAAGAUUUUUCAAGGAGGAGCCUGUGCGUUUAGAUCAAUUUGUGGAUCGAUGUCGUCAUGCUGUUGGGAACCUUCAUUCAUUACAAAAGUAAGAAUACACCACUAUGUAUACGGCCUAUUUUUGGUAAGCCUGAGAAUAGUUUAAGAGUGGCAUGCGAGAAUUUUGGAGCAUCUCACUCGAUACAAUUAAUUGUUGAAGAGAUUUGUAGAUGGAAAUUUCGAGUGGAAUUUUUAUACAUAAAUUUGACCAAACCAGGAGCAGUUGCGAACCUUGUCGAGCUUAGACUUGCUCCAAGUCUCUCUUUCAUUGUCAUAUCGAUCCACUAUAGUGUACAUUACAUGACGUAGCACGGAGAGGCGGAGCGAGAAAGAGAGACUUUCAACUUCGGAAAAUCUCGGUUCAAAACUGAACCGAAAAUGCAAGACUUGCUUUAAUUCUUUCCUUCAAUUUCAUUCUGUAUUAUUUACUAUAAUGGAACUCGUGUUAUUUACACUGUGUUAUGUCAAUACAUAUAAACACUGAUAGAAAACAAUUAAAGCAAGUCUUGCAUUUUCGGUUCAGUUUUGAACCGAGAUUUUCCGAAGUUGACAAGUCUCUCUUUCUCGCUCCGCCCAUCCGUACUACGUCAUGUAAUGUACACUAUAGUGGAUCGGUACUAUAUGACAAUGAAAGAGAGACCUGGAGCAAGUCUAUGUAGAGCUCUACUUGAAUGUCAUGAGAUAUAUCACAUCGUAUCAAUCAUAUCGUAUUAUAGAAUUGGCAAUAGCACUCUUUGGAAUUUUUUUCACACCAUAUAUAUGUUCCAUUUUUUCCAGGCUGGCGUCGGCGCAACCGGACGUGAACGAGCUAUCCAGAAUUAGAAAUACUAGUUCUUCAGUGACUGUGAGUAUAUGACGUUUAUUCUAUAAUGCAUGUUUUGCAUGAUAUUUGCCACAACCAACACAAGAAAAAGUUAGAGAACGAUACUUUUUUAUAGCCUCAUCCGCAGGCAUAUUUUUUUCAAUCAUGCAUCCUGCAUGACCUUAGGGUUAGGAUGAUUGGAAAUGCAAAAAUAUAGAGGUGCAGAUAUACCAGCAAAAUCCAGAUAUCUAUAUAGAAAGAAAUGCCUGUGGAGGAUGCUAGCAUUUUCUCUACUUUCCAUGCAAUUUCCAAAUCAUGUCCAUUCAUCUAGUACUAUACCUAAAAUUGGUUUGUUCCAUGCACGGCAUAAACUGCUAUAUGAUUUCACUAUAAUUAUAUUAAUAAUAAUAAUAAUUUCACUAACUGUAUCUUUACCAAGUGUGUAUGUUCGUACCAUCUAUAAUAUUAAAUAAAUAUGUUUCUAAUUUUCAAAAUCAAAUAUUCAAAUAAAUAAAUUUUGUAUUUUCCGAUCUUGUGUUAAUUAUUAGACUUUGAAAAUUCCAAUGAAAGAAACAGAUACCAUAAAGCGAAAAGAGAGCUACAGACGGGGUACUGUUGUAACGCAGGUAAUAGAAUAUUCUGAUUUCUUUCUCAAUAAGGUAUUAAAAGCUUUACACAAUCGGAAAAGAAGAGAGAAACUUCAUUAAAUCACCAUAAACCCAGUCUUAAGCAAAAAACAAGUUAUAAUAGGAUAUAUAAAAUCAUGCUAGUUUUCGUACGUAAAAAUGUUUAUCAUAUUAAACUUUUGAAGAUGAUAUAUUGUUGAAUUUGCUUAACUGGAAAUGCAUGAUCACACUAUUGCAUGCUCAGAAAGCUUUGCACUCGCAAUUUCUUAACUUGCUGUUGUCUUUCAUACAUGUGCAGAUAUCUCACAAAACGAAAGUCGAAUAUGGAGGAACAACUACAUCCGCUAACUACAACCAAAACACUGUCAGCCAGGUUUGUAUAUAUUGCAUAAUAAUGUUAUUUUUAUCGCCUCAGAUUCUGCGAAAGAAUGUAAACCUCGUAUUUCUCUCAGUGCUCAUGCACGAGAGAAGUUUCUCGGUCCUCUGACUAGUUUUUCCUCCCUCAUGAUGAUAUGUAAGCGGGACUAUUUAAGCCCAGAUCAAACGAGGAGGAGAUUGUAUAUGAUAAUUGCCAGUCACACGACCUUGGCUAUAGCUGCUCUCAAUGCAUUCCCAAACUUUUAUUUUGUUGAUCUAGAGCUUGAAAUGUCCCCAUGCAGUAAAUACGAGAUUGCCAAGUCUCAACAGCUCUCAUUUGACCUAAUCUUCCCUUAUAUCUCCAUCUCUGUCAGUAUAUGCUCAAUAUGCGCUUGCAUAUUGAUGAGGGAAAAUUAGAAGGCUGAAUAAAGAAAUUGUUUCGCAAAAGGUCAUGUGGAGCUCAUGCCAACACGAGCCGCCAAAUACACCCUUCCAGAAAGUACUUAGCCUUGGCUACAGACCUCGUUUUCAGGAUUGAUAUAUCGGCUUUAGAGCCCUGCAUGUAGCUUAUUACUUAUGACUUAAUUAUAUAAAGGCAUUUUAUAUUAUCUAAUAUAACUGUAUGAUUUUGUAAAUGUGUCACCUAUAACCAGAUAAAUGACUCGAAAGCCAACAUCUCAAUACCGAAAAUGGGGCUCUAUAUCCAAUAUCCAAGGCUGAGUACGUUUCCAGAAGGGUGUAUUUAGCCUCACUGAUUUUGCGCGUGUCUUGAAAUGCGAAGAAAACUAUGAAACUCUUUAUUGUUGUUCGUAUGCAUAACAUGAUAAUAUGAAACUUAUUUGCUUUCAGGGAAACGUAGCUAAAACGAAAGUUCGUUUCAACGAUUCACCAAAUAGCAUAACUUAUCAUCAAUGAACCUCACAAUGCCGCACAUCUUACAAUGUUUACAUCUGGAACGAUAUAUUGUGAAUGGUUCAGAAAGCCCGACUUUUAUAACACGCUUCAGUUCAAACCAAGCAGUUGACCUGAAACAACGUUUGCAGAAACUCAAACUAUAACGUUACAUUUCAUAGCAGAAGUACCAUUGUCGAUUGUACAAAACUCUUAACUUAAAUCUAUCAUUCUAAACGUUUUAGUCACUUUUUCUAUAUACGUAGGAUCCUCAGGAUGACUCUAACUUAUAGUGACUCCAAAUUGGUGACAUUCUUACGGCCACCAAUAAUACAGAUGGUUAAUUUUAUCCGUGUUAAUGGUAGAGCGGUUCAGAUUUGACUAUACCAUUACUGGCUACCUCUCACUGCAAUCUUGGACAAAAAGAUUUUUAAGAAUUACCACCCAUACUCUAUAGUUUCCUCUUAAUGUGCAGUUUUUCGACACCACCCCCACCCCCCACCCCAACCCCUCCCGCCCAGUUCAAUGUUGGAUAUCAAGAUAUCAAACAGAGAAAUGAGCCCGUCUGACAUCAACAUUGAUCAGGGGGGUGGGGGGGCUCAUUUGCAUUUUAAAAUUUAAUUUUUUAUCAGUUAAUAUCAAUUACAGACGAAAAACAAAAAAUUCUCAACAAUAUUUUCCAAGAUUGUGCCUUACUACCCAUUUGAUUGGUAAAGCCCAUAUUCCACUGGGCGAUUUGUUCGCGCGAAGCGAAAAACAAGUCUCAAUGUGAUUGGUCAGCGAAAAAAUUCGCCGCGAAAAAGAUGGAUCGGUUCCUACUUCACCUAGUGGAAAAUGGGCUUUAAUCAUGUAGAUUAACACAUCUGAUUGGUUAAUGGUAGCAGUACAGUCGUAAAAAUCUCACACCUUGUGAACAAGAUAUGUUCGCACUGCUUGUUCCCAUUUGUUGACAAGUCUGGGACUUAUCAUCUCAUAACGAGGCUGGUGACAAGUUUAUUAUUGCUCAACUAGUCUGAUUUCGUCUGCAC